AGGGAGAGGAGGCGGGGUGGCGCGCACCAGGCGUACGCAUGCGCGCACGCGGCCGGUCGGGCUGGGCUGAGAGGGGAGGGGUUGGCGGCGGCGGCCCAGGCGGCGACGUUAUUUCCGCGAUCUGGACGGUGCGUGGCGGCGCGAGUGGACACGGGAGAAGUAGGUAGGGACAGCCGUGCGGAGCCAUUGAGACUUCUUCCCUCCCGUGUCAGAGAGCCGCAGCACCCCGCGCGCGUGGCGGACCCUGGGGACGCCAGGUCACCCUGCGGCCCCUGCCCUCCCGCCGCGCUUCAGGAAUAAUGGUUAUGAAAGCUUCUGUAGACGAUGAUGAUUCAGGAUGGGAGCUCAGUAUACCAGAAAAGAUGGAAAAAAGCAAUACAAACUGGGUGGACAUAACCCAAGAUUUUGAAGAAGCUUGUCGAGAAUUAAAGUUGGGAGAACUGCUUCAUGAUAAGCUAUUUGGUCUUUUUGAAGCUAUGUCUGCCAUUGAAAUGAUGGAUCCCAAGAUGGAUGCUGGCAUGAUUGGAAACCAAGUUAAUCGAAAAGUUCUCAAUUUUGAACAAGCUAUCAAGGAUGGCACCAUUAAAAUUAAAGACCUCACCUUGCCUGAAUUGAUAGGGAUAAUGGAUACAUGUUUUUGCUGUUUGAUAACAUGGUUAGAAGGCCAUUCCUUGGCACAGACAGUAUUUACGUGCCUUUACAUUCAUAAUCCAGACUUUAUAGAAGAUCCUGCCAUGAAAGCUUUUGCUCUGGGUAUCUUGAAAAUCUGUGACAUUGCAAGGGAAAAAGUAAAUAAAGCUGCCGUUUUUGAAGAGGAAGAUUUUCAGUCAAUGACUUAUGGAUUUAAAAUGGCCAACAGUGUGACAGAUCUUCGAGUUACAGGCAUGCUAAAAGAUGUGGAGGAUGACAUGCAAAGAAGAGUAAAGAGCACUCGAAGUCGACAGGGGGAAGAAAGAGAUCCAGAAGUUGAACUAGAACACCAACAGUGUUUAGCAGUAUUCAGCAGAGUGAAAUUUACUCGAGUGUUACUGACAGUGCUUAUAGCUUUUACUAAGAAAGAGACCAGUGCUGUUGCAGAAGCUCAAAAAUUGAUGGUUCAAGCAGCAGAUCUUCUUUCUGCCAUUCAUAAUUCAUUGCAUCAUGGCAUCCAGGCCCAGAAUGAUACUACAAAAGGAGAUCAUCCCAUUAUGAUGGGUUUUGAGCCUCUUGUUAACCAGAGACUACUUCCACCCACCUUCCCUCGAUAUGCAAAAAUAAUAAAGAGGGAAGAAAUGGUCAACUAUUUUGCAAGAUUAAUAGAUAGAAUAAAAACUGUCUGUGAGGUGGUCAAUUUAACAAAUUUACAUUGUAUCCUGGAUUUUUUCUGUGAAUUUAGUGAACAAUCACCUUGUGUUCUUUCAAGAUCUCUAUUACAAACCACUUUCCUGGUGGAUAACAAAAAGGUCUUUGGAACCCAUCUCAUGCAAGACAUGGUGAAAGAUGCACUUCGGUCUUUUGUCAGUCCUCCGGUGCUCUCCCCAAAGUGCUGCCUAUAUAAUAAUCACCAGGCUAAGGACUGUAUUGAUUCCUUUGUUACUCACUGUGUUCGGCCAUUCUGUAGUCUCAUUCAGAUCCAUGGACAUAACAGGGCUCGACAAAGAGAUAAGCUUGGUCAUAUUCUUGAGGAAUUUGCCACAUUGCAGGAUGAGGCAGAGAAGGUUGAUGCAGCCCUUCACACUAUGCUGUUGAAACAGGAGCCCCAAAGGCAACAUUUGGCCUGUUUAGGUACCUGGGUCCUUUACCAUAACCUUCGAAUUAUGAUACAGUAUCUUCUAAGUGGCUUUGAAUUGGAACUCUACAGCAUGCACGAGUACUAUUACAUAUAUUGGUAUCUCUCUGAAUUCCUUUAUGCAUGGUUGAUGUCAACAUUAAGUCGUGCCGAUGGCUCUCAGAUGGCAGAGGAAAGGAUAAUGGAAGAGCAGCAGAAAGGCCGUAGCAGUAAAAAAACAAAAAAAAAGAAGAAAGUUCGCCCAUUGAGCCGAGAGAUCACAAUGAGCCAGGCAUAUCAGAAUAUGUGUGCUGGAAUGUUCAAAACCAUGGUAGCAUUUGACAUGGAUGGCAAAGUACGAAAACCCAAGUUUGAGCUCGAUAGUGAACAAGUUCGAUAUGAGCACAGAUUUGCUCCAUUCAACAGUGUAAUGACACCACCGCCAGUGCACUAUCUGCAGUUCAAGGAAAUGUCUGACCUCAAUAAAUAUAGCCCUCCUCCUCAGUCUCCAGAACUGUAUGUGGCAGCUAGUAAGCACUUUCAGCAGGCAAAAAUGAUAUUGGAAAAUAUCCCAAACCCAGACCAUGAGGUCAAUAGAAUUUUAAAGGUUGCCAAACCCAACUUUGUGGUUGUGAAGUUAUUGGCAGGAGGACACAAAAAAGAAUCUAAGGUUCCUCCUGAAUUUGAUUUCUCUGCUCACAAAUAUUUUCCUGUUGUGAAACUUGUUUGAAAGAGAGACUGAAAAGGUGACCAAAGAGGUGGAGUCUACUUUCAGAUUCUACUCUUAGAGGAUCUAUCCAUCAGUCUUACAUGAAGUGACAUGGAUUUCUUGGGUAACAACCCAUUAUAAGGAAUACUUUUAAUUUGACAGCCUUACAUGACGUGAAUGAAAACUGCUGUUUUAAAGUGGUUUAUUAUGUUCCAUGGAUGAAACUGGUCUUAUUGAAUGCAUUGAUGAACAUUAUAUGGUUUUAUUACAGAUUUACUCAGAAAUCAUUUUUUAUGAAUGAUUGAGUGAAAAUAGUGUUUGUAAAGGUUAAUAAAUUUCUUGACAAAAAAAUGCACUACUGGAGAUGAAAAACAAUAGCACUUUGUUGAUACAUGUUAAGAAUUGAAGGUGUUUAUUACUCUUAAUGUUUGAGUAGUUCAAAUUAUCCAAAAGAAGUUUCAAAUUAAGGGAUUUUUUUAAACACAUGGGAUUUGGGCAAAAUACAUUUAAAAGGGAUUUGGGGGGGCCUCCUAGCUAUAUAGGGAGACUAAAUUACAUGGGGAUUGUGAUUUUAUGUGUCAUGGUAUCUUAAAUUAUAUACCUGUCAGAAUAUAGAUUUUUUUUUAAUCCUUCAACUGUUACUUCUGGCACUUUUAAAAGAUUACACAUCAUGUUUGCUAGUGACAUUAUUCAAAAGAUAAGACUGUAUAGAUUUGUUCAUUUUUAGAGUUAGGUUUCAACACGGCAUACUCCUUUUUGUUUACUACUUCACAGUUUAACCCAUCAGACCUUUUCAAUCAGGGUCUUUCCAGCAUCCCCUGGCUUUGAAAAUUGAUUUAAAUCACCUAUACCUACAAAUGCCCAGUGCCAGUGGCUUCACCCUUCUUCCUUUGCUGUCAAUUCCUCUCCCUGUCUCUGCUCUGCUGUUCUGUGUCAAGCUGCCAUGGCCUCUGGGGGCCUUUCCUUCUCCUCCACAGGAAGCAAUACUAUUAGCAGAAUGAGCUACCCUGUGCCUAACUUAAAUUGACUUUUGGCUUGGCUUAAGAUUAGCAACCAUUUUAUAUUUGCUCUGUGGUUUCUGAGUUUCAAAUAUCCUAAUUCUUAUUUGACACCUUUCUUGCAAAUGUGAUUAUUGAAACUUUAUUUCUGGAAAUAUUUGCAAGCAGCUAACCUGAGCAAAUCUUGCCCGCUAUAGAGUAAGAACUUUCCUGACCCCCUCCUUCACGGCUGUUAAAGUAGACUGAUGACAUGUGUCAUCCAGGAACAGCCAGUAGGCAUCCUGAAAUCUCAGAAUCCAGAAGUCUUUAAAAACAAAGUAGGCUGUACAGUAGAAACUUGAGCUAUGAAGAGAUAAAGAAUAUACCCUGUUGUUAGCUAUUUGGUUAGUGUUUUGAGAAGGAACACUGUUUCUGGCUGGUAAUUUCUGAACACUUCAAACAAAAAAGACAAAGAAAUGGUAGAAAAGAGGCAGUAGAAGAAAGAAUCAAAAGAAAAUGCACGGAGGAUAAAAAACAGCAAGAUUUUGCAAACUGCCAAGAAGAGCCUGAGGCAAGCUAGAAGAAUGCGGGUCAGGGCCACCAGGGACUGUUGGAUUAAGAGAGCACUCUGGCAUUUUUUAAAUGAUGUCUAAUUAGGUCAGCUAACGUAAAUGAAAGUUACUGAGCAAGUGUUCUGCCUAAUUAGAGAGCAUCUAAGGCUGUUUUUUCAGGAGUGGGUCUUCUUAAGAGCAGAGUGUUCCUAAGUUUUAACUGCAGGUUUCUAAUUAGAAAAGCUGAAAGUUACAUUUUUUAGAACUUUUAAAAUAUCUGCCAUUCGAGGUGCUAAAAAAAAUGAUGGGGGAAAAGACCACCUCUCCCCUCACAGAUCUAACCACCUUAAGAAUGCAGAAAAGCAGACGGGUCUUUAUCCUGGGGAAACGCAGUAUGCUGGUGUAGGAGAACCACCUCACAUAAAAGAUUUAUGGAGAAAGUCUCCAUCUCAUCUGGGUCCCAAAGGUUAAUGAAGAGGCAUUAGCUGGUAAAGGGGUCCUAGACAGGGACACAGAUGUUCACAAGCCUGAGAAGGUGGCAGUUUGACUAAAGUAUAGAGCGGGACAAGGGACUGGAGGGAUGAGCUUGAGAAGUAAGGGGAGAACCUGGGAAGCCAGGUGAAUGAAUUUGACCGUGAUGUUGGUGGAUACCACUGAAAGGUUUGAUUCGGGGAAACAACAGGAUCAAAUCAGAUCUGCUUGCUCAAGACUGCUGGUUCAAAAGGGGACAAGGCUGUAGGCAGGGAAGCUCUUUAGGUGAGAGGAAAUAAUGAUGGUUGGUCUUAAUUAAGGUAGUGGCAGAGGGAAUAGAGGAAAAGUGAAUAAAUCAAAAGCUAAAAGAGGUACAGGACUUGGUAAUGAUUGGGUGAGUCUGUGGGAAUCAAGGGUGAUGAUUCGUAGGUUUUAUGGCUUUGAUAACUAGAUGGAGUGGUGCCAUUUGCUUAUAUAGGCAAAAUAGGAGACGAGGUUUGGGGAUAAAGAUUUUUAGAUGUUGCGAUGUCUUUUUUUUUUUUUUUUUCUUUUUUUUGGCCGCUUGGCUUGCGAUAUUUUAGUUCCCCAACCAGGGGUUAAACCCAGGCCCCCCAGCAGUGGAAGCGUGGAGUCCUAACCACUGGACCACCAGGGAAUUCCCUGUUGAGAUGUCGUUGAAAGACAUCCUAGUGAAGACAGCAAGUAGUCUGGUGCGGAGCUGAAAGGUACAUUCUUGGGUAGACAUGAACUGGGGACUAAGUGGCUGCAAAGAUGUAAACUAAAGCCUGGACUGGGGGUUGCAAUUGCUCAGGGAGCCUGUAGAAGAGCCUGAGAUUGGUCCCAAGGAAUAGAGUUGGGACAGCCAAGUUCUAAGAGUGGGCUAGGGAACGGGGGUGCGGGGAGCAGGUAGAUGAAACAUAAGUGAGCACAUUAAAAUCAUGCCAUGCCACCUUCUGGCAAAGUUUUUAUGUCACUAUUUUCAUAAGACUCUGAAACAUUCUCUAAAACAUUACCUCAGUUAUUGGUCAAAGAGCACCCUGUUUCGAAAAGUUUAGGAGAGUUCUGCUCUGGCGAUGCAAAAGCAUGCAAAGGAGAUUUAGCCAGAAAAUAAACAAUGCAGGGCCACAUACAACUGAAAAGCCUAAGAUAAGGACCAACAUGGGCCCACUGGAUCUGACAAAGGUUGCUGGCGACAAGAGGGAGACCUUUCUUGAAGAGGUGGGGCAGAAUCUGGAGAGUAAGCUGAGGUGUGAGUGAGUGGGGUGAAGUAACGGAGACAGAGUCAUUGCGAAGAACUGAUUUCCCCCCAGUCAUCCCUGUUCUUGGAGGAGCUGGUAUGAUUGUAAAAGAUCCCCUAUUCUCUGGUUAAUGAUAUAUAGUCUUCACCCACUGACGCCCAAUUUGGCCACUUCAUUUCUGCCCUCUUCCCUUGGCUUCUCAAGCUGCAGCUCUGUUGCUUUUCCUUUGACCAGCAAGCCUCUUCUCUUGGAUAGCUUCCCUUUAUCCUUCGAGUUUCAGCUGAAGUGUGACAUCUUCAGAGAAGGCGUCUCCAUCUCCUGGUUUAGGCCAAACCCUUAAAGUGCUUAGCAUUUUCAGUUGUAAUUUAAAUAGUUAAUUGUUUCUGUCUUCCCAGCUAUAGUAUAAACUUGAGAAAAAGGCCUUCAUUCAUUGUUCCAGAACCUGCUCACUCAAUUAAUGGGGUGUGGAUCUUUUAAAAAUGUAAAAGACAUCCUGGAGGCAAUUUGUUGGAAAACUGAAUAGAGGAGGUAAAACAAGGCCUCUGGGGCUCCCUUUAAUAGCAGAGACACUUGAUGGUGAGAACACAGGACACUAAGAGUGCAGAGGAAUUUGGAAAUAGGAACUUGGAGGUGGCAAGUUGGGAGUCUGGUAGCUUUACCCCUAAACAGUUUGCUUCCAGUGAAGUGAAGCUGCAUUCACUUACACUAUAAGAUUUUUUUCUGUAGUCCUCUGCUAACAAACAUUAUUGCCUUCUAUUCCUUCUAUUUAAAAAGAGAACGUAUCAGCUUUUCCAGGAUCACAUAAAGUGUUAGUUAUUUAUGUAAAACUCUGAAUUUCUAAACUACUGCAAAGAUAGAUAAAGAUAAAAUACCUGCAACCUCCUGUUUAGAAUUCAAACAUUAAGCCAAGUUUAAAGGAAAGUGUGGUGCUUUGUUUUGACCACAGAUGUGUUAUCUAUCUAUCUAUCUAUCUAUCUGUUGACUUCCCGAAUAACUUCUGAAUGAACCCAUCUCAAAAAACGAGAGCAAGGACGUUAUUAUACCAAGAUAUCCUUCACAGGGAAAAAACUGGCAGUUGUAGACUGCUGGUUAAGGUCACAGAACUACUCUUUUAAAUGAUGCUCAGAUGUUAAAUGUUGAUAAUGCAGCAGCUUUUUUGGACUGAGUUAAAACAGUCAGGUGAAGGUUUGAUUUCUGGAUAAAGGCAGACAUGUUACAUUAUACUGGAGGUUCCAUUGCAUUUCACUACAGCUUUAAGGGAGAGAAAGUAGUAAAAAGCAAGCUCUAACAAACACCAGGAGCUCUUCCACAAAGACUCCGGCUUACCUCUUAAUAAGACUUGAGUUUUUAUCCUAAUUAAUUCCCAUGUGUUUAUUAACAUUCAUUCUAAAAAAGCAUUUGUUCAUCUAAAUCUGUUUAUAAAGGUGCUAAAAGGCAAAACACUGAUCAGUCACAAUCAUUUACUUGGACUUUAAAUAGUCAAAUAUUUACCAAGCCACUUCCACAGUAUUAGAAUCUCUGUAGGGGUAUGAAGUGUAAGCCUAUGUCACUUGACUCAGGAUUUUUGUUCUAGUUUAGAACAUUUCUUUUUAAGAUUUUUUUUUUUCGAUGUGGACCGUUUUUAAAGUCUUUCUUUAUUGAAUUUGUUACAAUACUGCUUCUGUUUUAUGUUUUGGUUUUUUGACUGCGAGGCAUGUGGGAUCUUAGCUCCCUGACCAGGGAAUGAACCCGCACCCCCUAAAUUGGAAGGCAAAGUCUUAACCACUGGACCAGCAGGGAAGUCCCUAGAACAUUUAAUUCUAAGGAGUAAGGAUAAAAAAUAGGCAUUUGUCCUUGGUUAGGGUCCUAGUUUAUAAAAAUGUCACCUUAAGUUUAUAUAUAGUAGUUUACAGAUGAGAAUAUUUCAAGUCAUGUAACUUUCCCAGAGAUGUGUUUCACAGGCGCACCAACAAGGAUAGAAGCAUUUUAGUUUAGUAUUUUUGUUUCUUUGUUUUUUUUUAAGUGCAUGGCAAGAUAACUACUUCUGCGUAAUCCUUCAGUGUAUACAUUACCAGAAUUUUACAAACCAGCUGUUACGGAACAGUGGCUUAGUUAGUACACUUUAAGAAAGUGUUGCCCUCUGAGCUGAAAUAGUACACAAACAUACAAACAUUUAAAUACACGAGAUAAACCAUUUCCCCAACUUCCUAACACUAAUGAACAUUUUCAGUCUAAGCUAACUAUGUGAAAAAAUAUUAAUAUAACCCACAGUUAAUGGGAACUUUAAAAUGUAUAUAUUUGUUUUCAAACUUAUUUCAAAGACAAGUGUUAGAAGUUGGUUGAGUGUCCUAUAAACUAUCAUUUACUAUUUAUAAUAAUCUUUUAGGCUAAAAUACAUAGUGGGAAUAGACCAAUUCCCCCUGGACCUUAAAGGACCCUGAAAUCACAAUUCUCUUACACCAUUCCAAGUUCUACUAUGAAUAGAUAGCCACCUAUUACCAAUUAAAACAAUCAGGCUAGUUAUCAAUCUAGUUACUUAAUGACAGCAUACUGACUUAAAAGAUAAUGGUUUAUUUCUCAAAUUCUAUCACACAAAGGUAUACUAUGUGUGGUGAUUAGAUAAUUCAUGAAAUCUAAUCCAAAAUUGCUUAGGGAAUCUUCAUCUGCAGUCCUACCUGCAGGAAAAAAGAUCAAAUGAAUCAUCACUCCUGUCUGCUCACCAUCUUAUAGAGGAGGGUUGUGAAUCAAAUAGUUUAUACCUAUUAAAAAUUGGACUACCUGCUGGUUUAAUUUGGGAUGAACCCAAAAGACCAAGGUUGGGGGUCUGAUAUCUAUUUGAUGCUUAUUACACAGGUUUUGUUUGUUUUUUAAAUAACUGUGACACCUCUAGAUUAUUCCUUGGAAGGAGGUGUCUGUGAUCCCAAGGGAAGUCAAUAGUAAUAAAGCAUGACUGCUUGAAGAAAUAGCUAAAGCACACACCUCCUGAACAAAUGGCCUUUUGGUGCCCCUGUACAGGAGAUGAAAUGAUUUUUUAAAUUUACAAUGACUGACAUCUCAUUCCACAAAAGGUUGAAUUAAUAAGGCAAACCACCAUGCUUAAUCCACAGUUUACAAGCUGAUUCCUUAGGGAUCCAACAGGGGAUGAAGGGAAAACUGAAAGCAGUUUUAAAAGUUGAACUAACAGUAUUUUAUUUCUCAGCAACUCUAGGCACACUGAUUAAACAUGAGAUGAAUAAAGGCUAAGCAAGAGAGAAUAUCAACCCUAAGACUAAGACACAGAGGGAGGCUGGACAAGGACUUAGAUAAGUAUCUUAUAAAGCUACUUUCAUACCCUUCUUCAGUUGCCUUUUCUGGGUAGAAAGUUUAAUCUUAGUGAUUAGGUAGGAGAAUAUCACACAGCAUUCGAGUUGGAGAUCUUAACCUGAAUGCAAACCAGGACCUGCCCUCAGUGACUGCCAGUGGCACCCGGAGUCCACAGCUGGCCGGACGCAGGCACUCCAGCUCACGGGCUGCUGGCCUGGAGAAGCUUCAGAACUCCUCCAGGCCCCAGUUUCUUCUCUGUAAACAAGGGAGUUAGUUAUGUCCGAUGACCUGAGGCCCCUGCAUCUCAAAUCCCAUGACUCAAAAUGUAUUUUAAUAAGCAUCACUACCCACCUACCCCUUAGAGAGCCUCACUAAAGGUCAUUAGUGUGAAUUUGCCAGUCAUUCACAAGCCCAGCAAGAGCUUAUUUACCUUAAAAUAUUAAGAACCAACUCAAGUCAAACCUGACAUCACCUAUUAAUGUAAAUUAUGAUUAGUUGUUUUCAUUAACUUUUGAUUUUUAAAUCAGUUUUGUGAUAGUCCUUUACCACAUGCUAAAUGUAAACUGACAUAAACAACUAUUGCAUUUCUCUUGACUUUCUAAUCUUUCCAAAUUUGUAAUGAUGUAUAUAUAUAUAUCCUUCAACAUCAACUUUCUCUUUUUUCCUUCUAGUAGUGAAGUAGGCAGUUCUCCCCACAGUACUGUGCUGCCCUCACUGUUCUGCUGCAGG